GUUUUUAAUGCAAUGACAGAAGAAAGAAAAACCAUAGAAGCUGGUGAUACAUAAACAGAAAGAUUGUUAAUGUGAAGACAAAAGAAAGAAAACCAUGGCAGAUGAACUUUGCCAGUCACCCAAGAAUUGGACUGAAACUCAAGUGAGCAACUGGCUAAGAUCCAUUGGUGUAAAUGAAAAAUACACUAAAAAGCUCUUUGAGGAAGAAGUAGAUGGAGAGAUCCUUAUAACACUGGAUGAGGACUUUUUGAAGACAAAGAUUUGCAUGAAGUUAGGCCCUGCUCAUUUGAUAAUUAAAAAAAGAGAUGAGCUCCUCAAAUCCCAGCAAAAAUCUCAGGAGAAGAAAAAACCCGACAUUGCUAACAAAACUGAGCUGGAGCAGGAAAACGUUCAAAAAUCAGUUCAAUGUCAAGUUGCAAGUGAAGCCCCUUCAGCACAAGUUCAUGUGGGAGGCUUGGAGGAGAGCCAAACAAAGGAAGACUGCAAACCAAGACCAUUUGAUCAAGAGGGGGAUGAUCACAUAUAUUUUAAGCACAGGGUCCUGCAACCUGAGUCAGGCGCUUUUAAUUUGAUACAGCCAUGCCAUGAAUUUAAGUCUCUAACUGUAGCUGCCGGAUUGGAUCGCGUGAGGCUCCAAGCCAAGUUUGCCAAAGAGGUUCUUAAAUUUGCAACUGGCUGCAUGAAUAUCAGAUCAAAUGGCACAAUACACUUUGGUGUGAUGGACAGCAGGGAGGACACAGGAUACAUGCACGGUGAGGUAGUUGGCAUCCCUGUGAAAGAAAGGGACGUAUAUGUAGAUGCUUUGGACUACAUUGAAAGGAGUUUCUCAUCUGACGCAGAACAUGUGCGCCAGUGUGUGCGACCACCAAGAUUUAUUGAUGUUAUGGAUCGGGAAAGUACAGAAAAGAUGUAUGUGGUGGAGGUUGACAUUGUACCUUCGAUCAGCAUUGUUAAGAGCAAGUGGUAUGCAGUCCGUCUGCCCUACUUCAAUAAGUCGGCCAAUAAAGUACAAUUCGAAAAGGAAUCAACUCUGCGGAGGGUGGGUUCAAAAACAGAGCCUGUGUUGGACAAAGAUUUGAGUGAAUUCAUCCAGCGAGUCAAGGAUCGUGAUGCUCAGAGAGAAGAAGCAGAGAGAAAUCAGUUCCACAACGCUCCACUGGUCGGCCAAGACCUUGGAAGGAAACUCACAAUGCUAAUGACCAGUGGGAAGAAGUUCAUUGAAAAUGAAAAAUUGUUAAUACUUGUCACAAACAAAUUCAAACCUGAUGAUCUUUGUCACAUUGACUGGCUGCUUAACAUGAAGAUAUUCUGCGUGUUUGACUUUGACCCUGAAUCAAAGGUAUCAGGUCUUUGCAACAGAUACCUUCAGCAUCAUGCUGCAAACAUGCACUCUCUGCAGAGCUACAGGAAGUCCAGCGAGACAAGCAUCAAAGAGUUCACUAGCAACCUGCAUCUGUUUGAUCAAACCAGCUGGAUCUUCUGUAAUGGCCGUUCUGACUUCAGAGGAAAUGAUACACCAUGUGAAGAGAUGACUUGGAUCAAGACAAAAAUAACCCUCUUAAGGGAAUCUGUGUCUUUGAUUUGUAAACAUAUCUUGCCAAAAGGGGCAUUCCAGGUCAUUUUUCUUCUCACAUCACCAGUUGAGAAACCAUUGUUGCACACCUUUUAUGAGUUUUUCACAGACAUGGAAGGCCAUGAUGACAUCAUCUGCAUCUGUGAAUCGGAGAGUAACUUCCUGAGGUGGCAAAGCUUUGCACAGGGAUCGUGUGGAACAGAAACCGUGAACAACUUCAGUGUUGUUGGGAUGAAAAUGAGUCAUGUUAAUGCAACUGUGCAGAAUGUACAACCUGUAAAAGCCUGUAACAGCAAACAUUUGCCUGUCUUUGUGAAAGGGAUCUGCCUACUUGAGACAAACAAAGAGGAAGAGAUGGCUUCUCUAGAAAUUCUGACUGUCAAUCAUUGUGAUGAAACAACCGAAAACUUCAUCAGUGAGGAGAAAGAAAACGUUGAACAGCAGUUCCUACGUGGUGGGAGAGUGACCUGGCUGAAUUUCUGGCUUGCUGAACACAAGCAUGUUGGAGAGGUAAUUGAAAGAGAUGCUUAUAAAGAUGUCUCCGAACUUCUCAAGAAUGCCUUGAAGUACAAUGCAGAACAGACUCCGGUGAAGAGUAUAAGCAUCUACCAUCAUCCAGGAAGUGGUGGAAGUACUGUGGCAAGACAAGUGUUGUGGAAAAACCGGAGAGACCUAAGAUGUGCAGUUGUGAAGCCUUCAUACUCAGCUUCAGACGUUGCGCAGCAUGCUGUUGACCUCAGAGAAUAUGAAGAAAAGGAUCCACAGAGGUGUCUUCCAGUGCUGCUCCUCAUUGAAGACUCAGACAACGAAUAUCUAGAUGAUCUCAGGAAUGAAUUACAGGUUGCAAUUAACAGCAAACAAUUCCAGUACGGAACACCGUGUUUCAUUUUGUUGGGCUGCAGUCGAUCCUAUGACCCAGAGAGAAGAUGCAAGGAGUCUCCCUUACAAAAUGUCUCUGUCACUCACAAACUGUCUGCUAAAGAGAAGCGAAUGUUUGUUAGAAAACGAGAGAAGCUCGAAGAACAAUACGAGUAUCAGUUCAUCCUGACUUUUGUUCUGAUGAGUGAAGAAUUCACUGAGGAAUAUGUUCAACAGUUUGUGAAGCAUUUGCUCCAAGACAUUGACCAUGAAUCUGCUGUCACCCGCCUCAUUCACUAUGUAGCACUACUUAACAGUUACAUUCCGAACUCUUUCAUCUCUCAGUCCCACUGCGAAGCCUUGCUAGCUUUGAAAAUGUCAAUGGAAAGGUUUCACCAGUAUGAGUUUGAGAGACAACUCAGUGAUCAGGCUAAACUCGUCUUCUUUCACCUCAGAGAUGAGAAGACCCACAUUAAAUCUAUCAGAAUCAUUCACCCACUUGUUGCAAAGGAAAUUCUCCAACAACUUCUUGGAAGCCAACAGACCCACAGUGGUUUGGCAAUGAAAUUGCUCUGCGAGAAUGUGCUCUUCGAGCACAGAUUUGGAAAGGAAGAUUAUCUGUCGUUCUUGAGAGCCCUUCUCAUAAGGAGAUCCAGAAUAAGCAAAGGAGAUAAAUGUGACAGUUUUUUCUCUCCUCUGAUUGAGCAUGUGUGUAAAAACGAAAAACCAGACAAAGCAAUUGAGUUACUCAAGGAAGCUUUCAAGCGUUUCCAUGAUGAUCCAUUCUUUGCACAACAACUUGCUCGUCUUCAUUAUAAAUAUGAAAUGUUCGAAGAGGCGGAACACUGGGCAGACACGGCAGCAAGACAGCUGCCAAACAACUCACACAUACUUGACACAAAAGGACAGGUGUACAAAAAAUGGUUCCAAGCCAAAUGCAAAGCCAUUGACAAUGACUCCAAACCAAACACUGCCAAAAAUACAGCAGAUGCUGUGAAGACUGCACUGAAAGCCAUGCAGUGUUUUCAAGAUUGUGAGAGAGCAGCUGCAGCAGAUAUGGAAAGGAUAAACAAUUAUGGAUAUUUUGCUGAAGCUGAAGUAGGAUGCAACCUGCUCAAGCUGAUAUUUUCAUUGCAGCUUUUUGCAAAUGGAGCCAGAGGCCAUGGAGAAUGUCUGAAGUACUUGUGCAGUGAUUACAUUCCAGAGGAACUUAAAGAUGACUGGGAACCAUUCCAUGGUUGUUUGAAAAAGCUUUACAAGACAGUGGAAGAUGCCUUGGAGUGGAUUUCAGGAGACCUCAGUUACUUCCAGACAGACACUGUUGCAGGUGAAGAUGAGAUUCAUUUAAGUCCUGAUGGAAACAUAAACAAUCCACUGAAAUGGUUGGCAAAUAUAUCCUCUGAGUUUGGAAAGUACUUCAGUGAUGCUUUUUCGACCGCAUUUCUUCAAACUGGCAAGUCAACCGCAGCCAAUCUAACUCCUAUUCAAAAACGCAUGGUCAUCUAUCGUCUUGGCGGGGGUAAUGUCACAUCCAUCCUCUCUAAGCUAGGUGAAGAGAAGGUUGCAGUAGAUAUUUUAAACAAAAUCCUUUCUCUCUACCCCAGCAAUCCACUGAAAUCAAAGUUGGACCAGCGUGAUAUUGUGAAUUACACACUGGCCAGCAUUACUCUGAACUGCUUGUCACCGAUGGCUCCGAGAGUUCCUUCCCUCAAAGUCCUUCAGGACCUUUGUCGUCAGUUCCCAGCUGACAAAAAGAAAUGUCAACCAAGUUCCUUGUUCCUACUUACCUUACUGUUCUGGCCCGAGGAUAAAGACACAAACCCUGAGAGGGAAGACAAAUAUGAAAUUGUCCAAUCAGCUGUUCAACACAUGGAGAAAAGUUACUGGACCAAGAUGAAGGACAUUCUUCCACGGAAGAGAAGACUUUACACCCAUUUCUUUCUGGGCAGUGGAAAUGGAUUGGACAAAUUUAUCCACAAGAGAAAGUUUGAAGGACUUGUAAAGGGGACAUCUCUCUCUGAGAAGCGGAUGAAGUGGUUAAGUGGUGAGGUGUGGAAGAAGCCUGAGAUUGCCAAGUUGUUAAAACGUGUUUCUGGAUGGACUGAUGAUGGAGUGGUGUACCUCGAGGGCCCUCAGAAACAGAAGUUCAGGAUAAUGCCGCUUCAUGUACCUUCACUGCCUCAUAGCAAUGAAAACAUCACCUUCUACCUGGGGUUCACCUUCAAAGGUCCUGUUGCCUACAACAUUGUGGUAAAUAAAUAGGAUCGUUGUUCAAAGACAAACUGUCAUUUACCAAGGCAUGGGAUUUUUGGUAAUAGGAGAAAGACAAGUUUGAUUUGGACUUAAAAAACAUGCAAGGUUUCCUUUGUAAGUUUGUCAAGCAGGAAAUAUUUUUUAAAAGAUUACGUUAUUAAGAUAUAAGUUGUUUUGAAACAUUUUGCAUUUUCCUCUCUUGUACUUGUAUAAACAGUGUAAUAAGGGUACUCAAAACACAACCACUAUGUUUCAUUAAUGUCCUCCUUUUUUAUACAUAAACAAACAUUUCUGAAAAAAUAACAAUUUAAACAAAAUGUGCUACUUUGUGAUUUUAUAAAAAUUAGUCUUUUUAAGACCUGUGUUGAACUGUUAUUUUCGAUUGUUUGUGGAUGUAGUUCAGAUGGAUUGAAGUUCACACCUGUUCACGAUAGCAUACACUCACUCCUUCAUGCUUUCCAAGAUACAUUGUAGAAAGGAAGGGAAGCUAAAUAUAUUUUUCAUGGGAUUUGUAUCAGCAUUUUAGUCAAAGAUGUAUCAAAAACAAAUGAACACAACAGUGUUCAAUUCAAUGCCUGUGCAUAUUGAUUAUGCAAAUGAAAAAUGUUUGAAUAAAUGUCUGUAUAUAUUGAAAAGAAUGUUCUUGUGAUGUGUUUGUAUAGAUAUUGAAUAUAUUCUAUGCAAGCUAUGGAACCUACUUGUUCUCAAAAUGAAACUGCACAUAA